AUAACAGCAACAGUAGGAGGAGGAUGAGCUUGGCUCCGCCCCCUUUGCUUCUUCCAUCUAUAAAUAGGAGCCUGUGUUUUUUGCUCCUUUCACUUCACUUGAAGGAUGAGGUCCCUGAAACACCUCAAACAUCACACCAGGAGUAAUGUGGAAGAGCAGGAAGUUUCUCUGGUUCGCUGCUAUUCUAAAGUGAUGGAGCAUGCAGUGGAUGUCGGUACUCAGACUGACCCAGUGGUGGUCCUGUCCCUGGCCCAGGCUGCUGUGCUGGGACUCAUAUCACAGAAUGAAAUCUUCGGAGCCACAAUUGCCCCAAAUGGUUUCUACACAGGAGAGGGACGUGAAGGCCCCGCUCCUCCCGCAGACUCAAUGGAGUAUGAAUAUGCAGAUCAGCUUAUUGGAGCCAAUGGAGACUAUCUGUCUGAGCCUCAGGGGGAGAACAGGAGGCCAGUAGGGCUCUGCGGGGCAGAACGCAGGCGUCCAGGGCCCUGUGGGAGGAUCAAGAGGUCCUUGAUUGAAGGAGAACCAGAGGAGUCCACAGAUAGGUCUCUGGGUACACAGAGUCAGGUUAAAGGAGAGAGGCCUGAUUUCUCUAGCCCAUGUUAUCUCUCGAAUCCCCAGCAAACUGACAAUGAUCCAGAAGUGUUGGACCUAACGCCUCAAAGAGUGCCAAUGAAAGAAGAGCAGUGUAACAAAGGCUACCCUGAGCCCUCGAGGGAGUCAGCCAGCCAACAGGUUGACUCUGACACUCAGACGCAAGCCCACCAAAGCCCUGUGGGGCAUGGAAAAGGUUUGGUGGAGUCUUCUGGGGAAGGACAGGGAAAGGAGGAGGAACAGGAAGAAGAGGAGGGGGAAGUGGAGGAGAGAGCACUGAACCUGAAAACCACAGAGGAGGAUGUGAGCCCAGCAAUGAGGCACUACUAUGAGUCCAGUGUGACGGCGUAUGAGGCUGCUGAGAUGGGCCUACCGGGAGACUAUGAGGAGGCUGGCCAGACCAUGAUGUGGACGGAGAGUGAGAACUCCUUGGGUAGACGAAUGCAGAUCGACCGCCUAGAUAUUAAUGUGCAAAUCGACGAAUCAUACUGUGUGGAUGUGGGUGAAGGCCUGAAACGCUGGAAGUGCCGCAUGUGCGAGAAGUCUUACACUUCAAAGUAUAACUUGGUAACGCACAUCCUUGGUCACAAUGGCAUCAAACCACAUGAGUGUCUGCAUUGUGGAAAGCUCUUCAAGCAGCCCAGCCACCUUCAGACGCAUCUGCUAACGCACCAGGGGACCCGGCCACACAAGUGCACUGUCUGCAAGAAGGCCUUUACCCAGACAAGUCACCUUAAACGGCACAUGUUGCAGCAUAGCGACGUCAAGCCUUACAGCUGUCGCUUCUGCGGCCGAGGAUUUGCAUACCCCAGUGAGCUACGUACUCAUGAGACCAAGCAUGAGAGCGGCCACUGUCAUGUCUGCACGCAGUGUGGCAUGGAGUUCCCCACUCACGCCCACCUCAAGCGCCACCAGGUCAGCCACCAGGGCCCGACGACUUUUCAGUGCACCGAAUGUCACAAGUCCUUUGCCUACCGUAGCCAGCUCCAGAACCAUCUGAUGAAGCACCAGAAUGUGCGUCCCUAUGUCUGCUCGGAGUGCGGCAUGGAGUUCGUGCAGAUCCAUCACCUGAAGCAGCACAUGCUAACACACAAGGUACUGACACAGCAGGCCCUCGAACACAAGGGUAUGAAGGAAUACAAAUGUGAUGUUUGUUCUCGCGAAUUCACCCUGUCUGCCAACCUGAAGCGACAUAUGCUGAUUCACACCAGUGUGCGCCCUUUCCAGUGCCACGUCUGCUUCAAGACCUUUGUUCAGAAGCAGACUCUUAAAACACACAUGAUUGUCCACUUGCCUGUGAAACCUUUUAAGUGCAAGGUGUGCGGGAAAUCCUUCAACAGAAUGUAUAACCUGCUGGGUCACAUGCACCUUCAUGCCGGUAGCAAACCCUUCAAGUGUCCUUACUGCUCCAGCAAGUUUAAUUUGAAGGGCAACUUGAGUCGUCACAUGAAGGUGAAACAUGGAAUCCUGGACACCUCAACUGAAGGACAAGAUGCUCUGCCUGAUGUGGAGGGUCAGGAAGAUUAUGAAGAAGAAAGCUUUGAUUACAGUGAGAGGGAGAAUCUAGCCAGCAACAAUGCACAAGAUUUGGCGAAACUCGCCAAAAUGAGCUACUACAACUACACUAAGGUUGCUGCGCGCUACAACACAACUUAAGCAGCUGACUGAGACACUAAAAUAUGGUUUAAGAGGAAAAAUGACUGUAGAGGUCAUUUCUGUAGUACUCUUGGCUCUGACAUGAGUCACUGAGGAAAUAGCCAUCAUGAAGUGGAUGUGCACUGGAAGCCAUUUUGGCUCUGUGAAACAAGUGAUAGCAGACUGAAACUUCAUUUUAACAAUGUCAUUACACAUUAGAAACCAUCCUGAAGAAUAAAGGACUGUGUAUGUAGAUGCUAAUCUUUUUUUUUUUUAUAAGUUUCACUUUUGCCCCUCAACAAGCAAUUCUUGAGAAGGAUGUCAUUUAAAAGUCACUUUCAAUGGUGCAUUGAAAAAAAAUAUGCACAGAUAUAAGAAGGCACUUAAUCUAUACAGACAACACACAGAUCUUUAAAACAGAGACAAACAAGCUCGAAGGCAUGGGUUGGUUCACCCCCAAAAAUAAUAGUUUGUACUCAUUUACUCACCUUCAUGAUGAUAACCAAAAAUGUGCUGGUAACCACUAACAUCCUUAGUAUUUAUUUGUAUUCUUUCCAUACUAUGGAAGUCAGUGGCUAUCAGCAACUGUUUGGUUACCAACAUUCUUUAAAAUAUAGUUUGUUCAACAGAAGAAAGAAAUUCGUACAGGAACAAUGAGUGAGUAAAUGUUGACAAAAUGUCAAUUUUUCGGGGUGAACUCUCCCUCCAAUUUUGUUGGUAGUUUUACUGUCCAGCAAGUUAGAUACCACUUUAUAGGACUUAACCAAAGCUGACCAAGUGCAAAUAGUUCUCAUUACAUGCCAACUUUCCCAGCAUUUAGUUGAUAAGCAUACUGUGACUUUUUGUAAAGAUUAUUUUUCAGCAGUUUGUGGUUUUCGAUGGGCAUUUGUAGUUUGUUGCUCACAGUGGAUUGAUUGAGCUCGUGUUAUGGAUUUUCAUUGCAUAUAUAAAUAAUAAUAGGCCAGACCAUGGCAUUUGAUCACUGUAUGGCCUUCUGGAUAUUUUUGUUUUUACAUUAUUGCAAAUAGUAUUUAUUGCUCAAUGUUCUUGGCAUUCAUUAGUGUAAAUACAUUGCCAGCGCUCCAGAUGGACAGACUUUAUUUCAAGUUAAAAAUUAUAGAGCCUAAGCCAUGGGUUUAGUUCAAUUUGAGUGUAAUUGCAUUAUUUACCCAAGAGCAUUGUUUGGUCCAUUUUCUCUAAAAUACAAUAAUCCGCUGUCUAAAUUACAUAUUUUUUCCAUCUUUUGUUUGAUGAAUGUAAUAAUACAAACUAAGAUUUGUCCCUUUAAAGCGUUCCAUAUUUUACAGAGCCAUGCAUCAGCCAAAAAAUAAAAACAGUUAAAUAUUUCACAUUCAUAAAUAUUAGAAAUGUCUUAUUAGCUUGCAGUUUAUUCUUUGGUGUACUAUGUACUAGCUAACCAUGUGGGCUAAAUUAAUUUCAUUUUUAAAAUGUGGUAAUCUUCUAGCAUCAGUUUUUUGGUGUGGCUUAAAUGACCUUCCAAACCUCAUCCAAUUUAACAUCCAUUUUAAUCUCUUUGGACAUUAAAACCUUGUAACGUGCACUGCAUCUUCCACAAAGUCACCAAUACUGGUUGAAUUUUGACGAGGAUGCCCUAAAAACACUGGAUAAAAAUAUUAACUGCCCUUGUGUGUGCAAGAGAGUGUCUCAUCCAUCAUUCCUGCGCAGAGCUCAGGAGUGAUGAAUGACAGUCGUCCGACGUGACAGGGCUCGAGACCCAGCAGAGAAUGAUUGGGGAAAUUCACCAUGUAUUCUCGAUCUAGCUAGGCAACUCAUGUUAAUGUGUAACAUAAGAUUUGGUGCAUUUUUAUUGUUUUAACUGGUUGUGUCCUUGCAUUUUGGGCAGUUAGCUUUAAGCUAGGCAGGAUUUUUAGUUUUGUAUAAGCUUUCAAUUCUUUUGUUGCACACUGAUGUGAAUAUGAUGUUGAUAAAUGUUAAACGUUGUGCUA